GCUCCUCUCUGCAGAUCUUCGGGGGCCUGGUAUGGAUCCUGAUCGCGUCCUCCCUGGUGCCCAUACCCCUGAUCCAGGGCUGGGUGAUGUUUGUGUCUGUGUUCUGCUUUGUGGCCACCACUGCCCUGCUUGUCCUGUACAUCAUUGGCGCCCAYGGCGGGGAGACGUCCUGGAUCACCCUGGACGCGGCCUACCAGUGCGUCGCUGCCCUGUUCUACCUCAGCGCCUCCGUCCUGGAAGCCCUGGCCACCAUCUCCAUGCAGGACGGCUUCAUCUACAAGCACUACCGCGAGAACAUCGCGGCCGUGGUGGAAGUCGUCAUAAAGCAGCCAGACUUGAGCUGAAAACCCAGAGGUGUUGGC